AUGGGGCUGCCCGGCGCAGGAGUCCCUGAGAUGUCGGCUUUCGCCGUGCACCCACGGCUCUGUCGACAGCCUCUCUUCCUGGCUGCCUCCCUCGGGCUCUCUGCCAACGCCGCCCCACGGCCCUGGAUCAUCGAGAACCAGAAGGACGUGACGAGCUUGACUCAGGCCGACACCAAGUCCCUGCGGGAGCUGAAGAACCUCACCAUCGCCGCCUCUGGGCUGCAGUACAUCGCCCCCGAUGCUUUCCGCGCCAACCCCAAGCUGACCCAUUUGAACCUCUCCUCCAACUACCUGCAGUCGCUCUCCUGGCAGACGUUCCACCCCCUGGCCCUGCAGGAACUGGUCCUCGUGGGGAACCCCUUCCUGUGCUCGUGUGGGAUCCACUGGCUGCAGCUGUGGCAGGGGAGCGGUCGGGCCGACUUGGGGAACCAGUCCCUGAGCUGCUGGAAGGAGGGAGAGAAAAUCCCCCUGGAGGACCUACACAUCAAGGACUGCGACCCGCCAGAGAUCUGGAUCGACUACCAGGACGUGCUGGUGCAGCAGGGCGAGAGCGUGAACCUGACGUGCCACUUCACGGGCAAGCCGCGGGCACACGGGCACUGGAUCGUACCCGACGUGGGACCCGAGCCCACCGUCAUCACCAAGAUGUCGGACUCGGAAAUCACCCUGCAGAUCUUCAACGUUUCCUCCCGCUUUAACCGAAAAGACGUCACCUGCUGGGCGGAGAACGAGGCAGGCCCCAGCGAGGAAGCUGUGCAGCUGAAUGUCACUUUCCCCGCCGUGAUCCUGGACCUGCAGGAAGCCAUUCCCCAGCACUACUGGUGCAUCCCCUUCUCGGUGGACGGCAACCCGCCUCCGGCUCUCCGGUGGCUGUUCAACGGCUCCGCCCUGGUGGAAGGGCAGUACAUCCGCACCAAGAUCGUGGAGUACGAACACAACUCCACCGUGGCGCACGGCUGCCUGCAGCUCAACCGGCCCACGCACGUCAACAACGGGAACUACACCCUGCUGGCCCGCAACCCGCUGGGCGCUGACGCCCGCACUGUCCCGGGACGCUUCAUGGACAACCCCUUCAGCUUCAACCCCGAGGAGCCAAUUGUUGUGUCCCUGCCUCCGGUGGGCAAGGGGAACAGCACGCUGGAUGGGCCGGUGGAAACGUCAGAGGAGCACACGUUUGGGGUCUCCGUGGCGGUGGCGCUGGCUGUCUUCGCGUGCCUCUUCCUCUCCAUCAUGCUGAUCGUGCUCAACAAAUGCGGGCGGCAUUCCAAGUUCGGCAUUAACCGGGCGGCCGUGCUGGCCCAGGACGACGACCUGGCCAUGUCCUUGCACUUCAUGAACCUGGGCAGCAGCCCCCAGUCCUCAGCCGAGAGCAAGCUGGAGGGGCUGAAAACCAACUUCAUUGAGAACCCGCAGUACUUCUGCGACACGUGCGUCCACCACAUCAAGCGUAGGGACAUCGUGCUGAAGUGGGAGCUGGGGGAAGGGGCCUUUGGGAAGGUCUUCCUGGCCGAGUGCUACAAUCUCAACCCCGAGCAGGAGAAGAUGCUUGUGGCCGUCAAGGCCCUGAAGGAGGCGACGGAGAGCGCCCGGCUGGAUUUCCAGCGGGAAGCGGAGCUGCUGACGGUGCUGCAGCACGAGCACAUCGUCCGGUUCUAUGGGGUGUGCACGGAUGGCGAGUCCCUCGUCAUGGUCUUCGAGUACAUGAAGCACGGAGACCUCAACCGAUUUCUCAGGUCCCACGGGCCAGAUGCCAAGAUCCUGGAUAACGGCAACGGCCAGUCGUUUGGGCAGCUGACCCUGAGCCAGAUGUUGCAGAUCGCCACCCAGAUCGCCUCGGGCAUGGUCUAUCUGGCCUCGCUCCACUUCGUCCACCGCGACCUGGCCACGCGCAACUGCCUGGUGGGCCGCAGCCUGGUGGUGAAGAUCGGGGACUUCGGCAUGUCCCGGGACAUCUACAGCACGGACUACUACCGGGUGGGCGGACGCACCAUGCUGCCCAUCCGCUGGAUGCCCCCGGAGAGCAUCCUCUACAGGAAGUUCACCGCCGAAAGUGACAUCUGGAGCUUUGGGGUGGUUCUCUGGGAGAUCUUCACCUACGGGAAGCAGCCCUGGUACCAGCUGUCCAACACUGAGGCCAUCGAGUGCAUCACCCAGGGCCGGGAGCUGGAGCGGCCCCGAACCUGCCCCUCGGAGGUGUACGACAUCAUGCAGGGCUGCUGGCAGCGGGAACCCCAGCAGAGGCAGAACAUUAAGGAGAUUCACAGCCGGCUUCAGGCCCUGGUCAAGACCCCUCCCGUCUACCUGGACGUCCUGGGCUAAGGACGGGGAUGGAGACGGGGAAGGAAACCGGCUCUUCCUUCAGGACGACCCCACCGGGAUCCUCCUCCUACCUCCUCGCCUGCCCCUCGCCCCAUCGACGCAUCGGCCAGGAUCCCACCCCCAUCCUGGGGUCAGAGGUGAUGGGACCACAGAGAGGUUCCCCGUCUCUGGCCUCGGCGGGACUGUUCCCUCAGCCAGGGGCGUCGGGAUGGGACCGAGUUCCCCAAGACCUGUCAACCUCAUACGAAAGUCGCUCCCUUCGGCCUCUUUCCAGCUCUGGCUGGCGGCCCAGGCUGCUGCCCUUUGCCCCCCGAGAGCGGUGGCGGGAGGGCGCAUGCUGCCCUCAAUUCAGCCUCCAGAAGCCUCCUCACCCGCCGAAGACAGAUGGACAGACGGAUGCUAAAGGGACAGAUGGAGGACACCCUCCACCUCAGUGGGUGGGGGACCCCUGCCCUGUGUCUCUUCCUACGGCAGACUCCACCCUGGCACUGCGACCCUCCUUCCGCCCCCUGCUAGGUGACGCGGACGCAUCGGUUAUUAGUUACCCACUGGCUGAAGG